AUGAGUCUGACAUUAGCUUCUCAGGGCUCGUCUAACGGGCGAGAGGCGGAAGGGAACGAGAAAGGUGGUGCGAAGCAAGGCGUUCAAACUACUGACCCAACAAUGGCUACCAUUCAGGACGACGAUGAACGUCUUUUAGCCAGAAUCGGCUACAAGCAGGAAAUGAAAAGAGAAUUCUCAAAAUGGUCGACGGUUUCUUACGCCAUCUCCAUUCUUGGAGUUUUAGGAUCAGUACCGGCGACAUUUGGUCCACCAUUGGCUGCCGGUGGGCCCGCCACGGCUGUCUGGUGCUGGCUCAUAGGAUCUGUCAUGGCGAUGUGCAUUGCAAGCUCUGUUGCUGAACUCGUAUCAGCGUAUCCAACGGCGGGAGGGAUGUAUUUUGUGACAAAACAUGUGGUGCCGGAAAAUCAAGUUGCGAUCUUUUCGUGGAUCCAGGGCUGGUGCAACCUGUUAGGGCAGACGGCUGGCGUUUCUAGCGUGGCGUAUACUCCGGCAUUGGGAGACUUUAUAUCCCACUCGAACCCAGGUUCUUCUCUUCCUAGUACUCACAGCAUCGUCUUUAGUAUGUCAGAGGAAACCCAUGACGCCGCUAUACGGGGGCCCGUAGCUAUUCAAACAGCAGUUCUGGUCUCUGGUGUUUUUGGCUGGAUGUUAACCGUGACAAUGUGUUUCUGUCUCUCUGACCUCGACGCUAUUCUAAACACACCAAGUGGUCUCCCUGCCGCACAGAUAUUUCUUAACGCUGGUGGUCGGACUGGUGGAACGAUCAUGUUCUCCUUCGCCAUAUUAGUACAAUUCUUUACCGGUUGCUCUGCGAUGCUUGCUGAUACUAGAAUGGCAUAUGCUUUUGCGCGUGAUGACGCCCUUCCGUUUUCAAAAUUCUUUGCUCGAGUAAACCAGUAUACGCUGACGCCAGUUAAUGCUGUAUGGUUCGUUGUAUUCUUCAGCAUAUGCCUGAACCUCAUCGCGAUCGGAUCUACAGAGACAGCAACAGCCAUCUUUAACAUUACAGCACCCGCCCUCGAUUUAUCUUACAUUGGUGUUAUCCUUGCCCACCAAAUAUAUAAAAACAAAGUCCGCUUUAUUGAAGGCCCAUUUACCCUCGGCAAAUGGGGUACUCCUAUUAAUAUUGUCGCUAUCAUCUGGGUGCUGUUCAUUAGUGUGGUGCUAUUCUUCCCGCCGCACAAGCCGAUUACAGCAAAGAAUAUGAAAUAUACCGGCCCUCGCACGAAAGACCUCCUGGAAGAGGUUUCUACGGAAGAUAUUGAUCCGGUUGCCUACUAUGAUAAUUUUGAAGCUUGA